AAUGCAGAGCCUGAGCCCCGGAGCCUGUCCCUGGGCGGUCAUGUGGGGUUUGACAGCCUCCCUGACCAGCUGGUCAGCAAGUCCGUCAGCCAGGGCUUCAGUUUCAACAUUCUCUGUGUGGGGGAGACUGGGAUCGGCAAGUCCACGCUAAUGAAUACACUCUUCAACACAACUUUUGAGACCGAGGAAGCCAGUCACCACGAGGAAUGUGUACGCCUGCGGCCUCAGACCUACGAUCUCCAGGAGAGCAACGUUCAUCUCAAACUGACCAUCGUGGAUGCUGUGGGCUUUGGGGACCAGAUCAAUAAGGAUGACAGUUACAGGCCCAUAGUUGACUACAUCGACGCGCAGUUUGAAAACUAUCUCCAGGAGGAGCUGAAGAUCCGCCGUUCCCUCUUUGACUACCAUGACACAAGGAUCCAUGUUUGCCUCUACUUUAUCACACCCACUGGGCACUCCUUGAAAUCCCUGGAUCUGGUGACCAUGAAGAAACUAGAUAGCAAGGUGAACAUAAUUCCCAUCAUUGCCAAGGCCGACACCAUCUCCAAGAGCGAGCUCCACAAAUUCAAGAUCAAGAUCAUGGGUGAGCUGGUCAGCAAUGGAGUCCAGAUCUACCAGUUCCCCACAGACGACGAGGCUGUUGCAGAGAUCAACGGGGUCAUGAAUGCACACCUGCCUUUUGCUGUGGUGGGCAGCACAGAGGAGGUGAAGGUGGGCAACAAGCUGGUUCGAGCUCGACAGUACCCUUGGGGAGUGGUGCAGGUGGAGAACGAGAAUCACUGCGACUUCGUGAAGCUGCGGGAGAUGUUGAUCCGGGUGAACAUGGAGGACCUGCGGGAGCAGACCCACAGUCGGCACUACGAGCUCUACCGUCGCUGCAAGUUGGAGGAGAUGGGCUUCCAGGACAGUGAUGGUGACAGCCAGCCCUUCAGCCUCCAAGAGACAUACGAGGCCAAGAGGAAGGAGUUCCUGAGUGAGCUGCAGAGGAAGGAGGAAGAGAUGAGACAGAUGUUCGUCAACAAAGUGAAGGAGACAGAGCUUGAGCUGAAGGAGAAGGAACGGGAGCUCCAUGAGAAGUUUGAGCACCUGAAGCGAAUCCAUCAGGAGGAGAAGCGCAAGGUGGAGGAGAAGCGCAGGGAGCUGGAGGAAGAGACCAACGCCUUCAACUGCAGGAAGGCAGCCAUGGAGGCCCUGCAGUCUCAGGCCUUGCAUGCCACUUCACAGCAGCCCUUGAGGAAAGACAAGGACAAGAAGAAUUAAAGCACGCACAGACUUACAUGUCAAGAGCGGACUUUAGACUAUCAUGUGUUAAGUUGCUUGAGUUACACCUUGUGGCCCUUCUCUCAUAGCAUGGUGUGAGGACGGACUGGGAGCCGGUACAGACUCCAGUGUUUACAGCCUUGCCUUGGCCCCUGGCUGGCCCCCGGCUGCCUGGGCCUGUCCAGCCGCCCCUCUCUAUGCAAACGUAUCCGAGCCAUGAAUGCUGGAAUCUCAAACUGACAAGGUUUAUUUUUUCCAGAGCCGGUGGCUGGUCUUCCAUUUACAGUGUCACUAUUCCCUGACGGAGCAGUUUUGUGCCACUCUAGUGAUGGCUCCAGCCAGCGACUCAUGUGAUACCCUAGGCGUGGCCUGUGGUCUGGUAUAUACACACACGCUGCAGAAUUUGCCUGUUUCCCCUUCAUUUUAAUUUUUCUAACCUAGAGCUUAAUUUCAAUAACUUUGAAACACUUCUAAAUUUUUAUUUUGGCACCAGUAUAAAGACAAAUAAUAUCUAUCUUUCCCAUUAUUUUUAUAAGUAACACAGAUUCCCUGAUUUUUUUUUUUAAACUAAAAAGAUCUCUAAACCUUCUUACAUAGAAAGCAGCCCUAUAACAUAUAGGGAGAGGUGGGAAAUAAAGUUCCUAUUCUGGCAGUGUUUGGAACUUCUUUAUGGACUGCAGUGGACCCCGAACAAGACCACGCCCAGCGUUUUUACUGUGAAUGUAAAUGGAACAGCAGCCCAAACCCUUGUCUCUGCCCUCGAGGUGCUACCUGUGCAGGGACCACAUGCGUGUGUGUUAAGUGUUUGACUCCAAAUAAGCCGCCUGCUCCCGACCAGCGUGCUCAGCGGGGAGAGGGCUGUCAUGUCAAGGUCACUGUUACUUCUUUCCUGGCCGAGUCAUGGUGCAAGAAAAUAACGGUGUCUGAAGUAUUAGGACAGUUUGGCAGUGGGGGGAGAAAAACAAAAGCCUGGGGGCUAAGAACGUCCCCUCCAGCUUUAGUUUCCAGGUGAACACUUUUAAGAAAGUGGCUGCCAGGUGGGAUGGUGCAGGCCUGUGAUGCCAGCGCUUGGAAGGUGGUGGGAAGCCAGAGACGGGCCUCAGUUACACAGUGAGGUAGAGGCCAGCUUGGGUUACAUGAGACCCUGUCUCAAAAAUAAAAGCAAGGAAAGUACUGACAAAAUCCAUUCUGCUCUGCUCCUGAUGGUUUGCAAGCCUCGGGGUUGUUGGUACAGCACCAGCUGGACACCAGGCUCCCCAGAAAGAUUGGCUGCACCCCAAGGAGCUGAUCACCCAAUGGGCUUCUCACUGAGAGCCUGAGGGGUCCACACUGAUUCAUGCUGCAUUCAGGUUUUUACGCCCCCAUCUCCCUCCACCAUUGCCCCCUUCCUGCCAGGCCUGCCUGUAUUCAUCCAGGACCAGUCUGGCUCCUUCCUGUCCUGAGAUGAUGGCUCAUUCAGAGUGAGCUGGAGGGGAAGGUGGUUGUGAGUGCGCUGUGACAAGACCUCCCCAAAGGCACCUGUACUGUGAGAGGCUCCACACAGCAGGAGAAAUGCCUUUAUUAAUGCUCUAAGGAAAAAAUCCUCCGUGAUCAGGGUGCAUCCUGGCCAAAAGUCUGGACUCUCAAACUAUUUAGAGAGGCCGUUUUAAGCAAAAGAACAUAAAAUUCAGCUCAGUCCCUGGAAGCCUUGUGAGCAUCAGAGCUAGUCCACCUCUGGUCAUGGCAGAGCUGAUGUUGAACUUCGGUGUCUGAGGCAGAGGUGAACUGCAGGCCAGCGGCUCCUCCUAGGGAAAUUGUAUAUCUGAAGGUGUAUUCACUUAGGUUCAAACCUGACCUUCAGAGCAGCCUCUCCUAGCCAAUAUAUUUCGAGACUAGGAUGACCCAACGGGUCCACUGGUUGUAUAAAAUAAGACUGCUGGCUCAGAGUCAUGCUGGGGACUCUGGAGCCAACAAAUUUUACCACUGGCACCUGCAGCUCAGCAGCCACAACUUGGGCAUACUGGAAGGCUAUUACGGUCAGUGCCCACCUUUUGGCCCAAAGCUUGCUGGCAUCUCUGGGGAGACUUGACUUGCAUUUUCUAGGGUCUGAGUUGCUCCCCCAUGGAUCCCGUCAGUCAUGGCAAGCUUUUCCCCUGCUGUGUGGAAUUUUGUUUUCUUUAGCUGAGGUUAAAUUAAUCCUUGGUGUGCAAGAAAAACGUGAAGCUUGCCCCUUGAGGCUGCGGCCCCCGUGUACAGCUGGGACUCCCUCCUCUUUCUUCCCUGUCACUUGUUGACUUCAUGGGACGGUCAUAGGAUCAUGUUGACAUUUGCUGUUACGUUUCCCCUGAGCCAUUUCGUGUUGUGGUAGAGUCACCGUGUAAGUUACGGUUCAGACCUGCACUUCCAAGAGAGAAAAGAUCCUGUUAAUCAUCAUGCCAAACUCUAGGCACUCAGGAGGCUGAACUAGGAGAAUCACAAGUUCAAGGCCAACCUGGGCCACUUAGCAAGACCCCAUGUUAAAUUAAAAAAAAAAAAAUGCUAGACAACUUGCCUAGCAUGACUGGGGACUGAUUUCUCUCCCAAGUCAACAGCCAUCAAGCAGCUGUAUCCCAGGCCAACCAGGGUGUAUGUUCUCCUUCAUGCUGGGAGGCCUGAAUCCAAGCGCCUGUGGUUGUACAAACUAUCCCUGUAUAUGUUCCUGUGUGUGUGUGGACUCCCCUUGUCUGGGGCUCAUACUGGGUAAGCAGCCCAGGAAAGCCAGCUUGCUCAUCUAUUACGUUACCAUGCAUCUCUAAAACCACUUCAGUUGUUAAUCCAUUUACCCCUCCACCCAUUGACUUGUUUCUGUUCCUUUCCAUCCACUUUGUACUCAUUUGUUUUCAUUAAAUUUUGCAUUUAUUUUGA